AAUAAGUAUUGGGCUUCUUUAUUGUUCUUGAUAUUUAUGCAUAUUUCAUCAUGGUAAAUGGUACUCAAAGUGGUUCCAGUUCUCUGCCUCCUUUCAUCGCGAAAACUUAUGAAAUGGUUGAUGAUUACUCAACGAAUUCGAUUGUUUCUUGGAGUAAAAGUAACAAAAGUUUCAUCGUUUGGAAGCCACCCGAAUUCUCUGAUGAAUUGCUACCAAGAUUCUUUAAGCAUAAUAAUUUCUCUAGCUUUAUCAGACAACUUAAUACUUAUGGUUUUCGAAAAAUUGAUCCUGAAAUUUGGGAAUUUGCUAAUGAGGAUUUCGUUAGAGGUCAACCGCAUCUUUUGAAGAAUAUAUAUAGAAGAAAGCCGGUUCAUAGUCACUCUAUGCAAAAUCCUGCAAACAAUGGAGCUGCUGCUUCGUAUUCUUCAUCUUAUCCGUUGAACGAACAGGAAAAACAUGAUUACAAAGAAAAGAUCGAUAGGCUGCAAUACGAGAAAGAAUUGUUGUCGUUAGACUUUCAUGCCCAUCAACAAGAACACAAAAAAAAUGAAAUGGAAGCAUGGGGAUUAACAGACAGACUAAAACAUGUUGGAAAGUUUCAAAAAGAGAUCCUAUGUUGUUUAUUAGAUGAGUUCUUGCAGAAAGCUCCUUUUGAUAAAAAGAGGAAGUGGUCAGUUGAAACUAAUCAUUUUCAAGUAUGUCUAAUUGACAUCCCGAUUUAUGAGAAUAAUAUAGGACUUAAUUCCCUUUUAGCAUUAGCUACGGAAUUCGUUAUGCAAUUGGAAUCAUCUCUUAUGUUAUGGGAGGGUAUAUUGAAAGAAGUUGAUGAUGGACUUGAGCAAGAUAAACUGUCACUAGAGUUGGAUCAAGAGCCAGUAAGUUGUGCAGACAGCCCGACUAUUGACUACCAAUUAAUGGAUGUUGGUGAAAUGCUUAGUAAAGAAGAAAGUAACAUUAUUGACAUGAAUUCUGAACCGGUUAAUGAUGUAGACAAGGAGGAAACCGGCGUUAAUGAUGUGUUUUGGGAACAAUUCUUGACUGAGUUUCCUGGUGGUAAUAAUGUAGGUGAAAUGGCGCAGUCUGAUAGAAAAGAAAUGGAUCAGUGUGACAAAUUUUGGCGCGUAAAUAAUCUGCUUGCUGAUCAGCUAGGCCAGCUUACUCAACCAGAGAGAACUUGAAAAUGGUUUUUAGAUGGUGAUUGGAGGAUGGAUAAUUUUGUAAACAUAAACUGGAAGAUGUUGAUGAGUUAUUUGUAUUAUGUUUGUAAAUAUGAAUACUAGGAAAGGAUAUAUACUUUUUAUGUUAUGGUUUUUAGAAUUUUA